UGUCUUUGAAGAGCCCAAUCCUAUUCAUGGCAGCCAUUGUCCAUUUGCCAAAGCUCCUAUUCUUCAAUCCUGUUGGAUUCUUCAGUUCCAAGUGUCAGAAAUUGUUCUCUGUUUCCCACCCCACCGCCACUUCCAAUUCCGGAGUCAGGCUCAAGUCAACGCCUUCAUCUUCUUCUCUCAUGGCCACUCAAAUUCGGGUUUCCGAAGGUGAACCCAGUGAAGAAUUGGAGCGUUCCUCUUCUCGCACAAUCGGAGAACAUGAUCUUCUCAUUGUGGGUCCCGGGGUUCUUGGUCGUUUGGUGGCUGAGAAAUGGCGGGAGGAACAUCCCGGUUGUCAAAUUUUUGGACAAACAGUGACCACUAAUCAUCACGACGAGUUGAUUAAAUUGGGUAUUAAUCCGUCUUUGAAGUGGACAGAGGCCACGCACAAAUUUCCUUAUGUCAUUUUCUGUGCUCCACCUUACCAGUCCACAGAUUACCCUGGUGAUCUGAGGCAAGCUGCAUUAAGUUGGAAUGGUGAAGGCUCUUUCCUGUUUACAUCAAGUUCUGCUCCUUAUGAUUGUAAUGAUAAUGGAGAAUGCAAUGAGGAUACUCCAGUUGUGCCAAUUGGCAGAAGCCCCAGGACCGAUGUCCUUCUAAAAGCUGAGAAUGUGGUAUUGGAGUUUGGUGGUUGUGUUCUGAGACUUUCAGCACUUUAUAAAGAUGACAAAGGUGCACACGCUUAUUGGCUAGAGAAGGGGGUUGUUGAUGCCCGCCCUGAUCACAUCCUGAAUUUUAUUCAUUAUGAGGAUGCAGCUUCCCUCUCAAUUGCAAUCUUGAAGAAGAAGUUAAAAGGAAGGAUCUUUUUGGGUUGUGAUAAUCAUCCCUUGUCGAGGCAAGAAGUGAUGGAUCUGGUCAAUCAAAGCGGCAAAUUUGGAAAGAAGUUUGAGAAAUUUGCUAGCUCUGACGGCCCCCUAGGUAAGAGAUUGGACAACUCCAAAACACGCCAAGAAAUAGGGUGGGAGCCAAAGUACUCCAGCUUUGCUUAUUUUCUGGAGACCCUAUGAUAUAUUUCCAAACAUAUCCCUGGUGUUGAAAUCAAGUUUAAACUCAGUCAUGGCUUUCCAUGGAUGAUAUGGUUUAUACGCACGUACCAAGUGCUUAUUCUUUUGACAUGUUCUCUCUAUUUAUGCUGUACAGAAAGGAUUCAUCAUUCAUCAAUGAUUGACCUGUAAACGGCCAACGACAAUCUGUAUGUCAUAUCUAUACCAGUAAUCCAGAGUUAGUUUUUCACCUCCU